GACAAACAGGAAGUACAGUUCUGUUGCUAGCGGUACAGAAGAAGAAAGAAGAAGUAGCUAGCGGCAGUGUACACAAAUAUAGAAUGUACUGUCCUUAUUGUGGGUUCAAAUUUGGUGUUUUGCCAAAGUUUUGCAGCUCAUGCGGAAAAAAUCUCGAGGUUUUAAAAGAGACGCGACAGGAAACGAUUUCGGCCGUGUCAACGGAUAAUGCAGGUAACGUUAACGUUACAGGCGGCGCAGACUCAACACCUACGCCCACGUUAAACCAGUUUUUAGAAUACCGAAAGCUGAAAUCUAAGGAAAAGACAAACUUUUCCUUGAGCAUGAAGGGAGGAAACAAACACGAGCAGAAGAAAGUACAGAUUAAUGUAGGCAUAAUGUGUCUGCAAAAUGGUUGCUUGAAACCACAACGAGGGAAAACACUCCCCUUAUACACAGACCCACAAGUAACCGCAAAUGAUGUCCUUAGAUUGGCUGAAAAAAAGUUUAAAGACUUUAAUAAAGACAUGGAGGAAGGACCUUACUUUCUUCUCUACCCAGAUGGGUCUGUAGUUGUUAAUGUUCCUGGAACACAGAAGCCCUUUACACUGAAAGACUACAAAUCAGAAAUCGGAAAGACAUAUCAACGGAUAAAUUUGUUUAUUUGCAGAAAGAGUAACUUUGAAGCAGAACAGAUUCUCAGUUCAGACUCUGACACAGAAGUUGUCAUUAGAACAAGGAAUUCUGAUGAAUCUAACCUGGCCGACACACUGCCAAUAACACCUCAGCAUUCAAGCACACCAGAAAAGGCAGUCAGUAAUAAAAUUGAUUGUGCUGUUAAACCACCGCAAGGCAAUGUAACAGAGAUAACACUCUCGGAUUCAGAGGACGACUGCCCAAGUACUUCAGACCAUGUUGCAAAAGAGAACCAGUGCUACAGAGAAUACAUGGAAGUGUAUGCACCAGCAACUAUUGAAGAGGAGGAGCUUGAAAUCUCGGCACAUUAUUUUGACCUCCCACAACCGCUAGAGGAAGAAAACAGUUUAACNAAGUUACAUUUAUCAUAA